GUUCGUUGGUGCCUUGUAGCAGUCAAACACUCUCUGUCGCUCUCCUGUGAUUUCCUUUCGUCACUUUCGUUCACACCCCUCUUUCACGAUGAAGUUUGCCAUUCUCGCUGCGCUCUGCGCGUCAUCGGCCUUGGCGUUCACGCCGCAGAAAAGCCGGGUCACCCCGUCCGUCUCCACGUCCGCCGCCGUCGACGACAUGCCGGGAGCGAUCAACUUUGCCGCCAAGGAAUUCAAGUUCGAUCCGCUCAAGUUGGCGGAAACGUACGAACCAUUCUUGCCCUGGUUCCGCGAGAGUGAACUCCGCCACGGACGUACCGCCAUGCUCGCCGUCGUCGGCUUUAUCGCCACCGACUUUGUCCGCAUCCCCGGGGAAGCCUACUCCUUCGCCGCCAUUCCCAAGACCAUUGACGCACACGACGCUCUCCUCAAGUCCGGUCCCAUGUACCAGUUGCUCUUGUGGAUUGGACUCUGGGAUCUCAUCGUUACGGCACCCGCCGCCGUGGCCGCGGCCAAGGGCGAACGCACUCCCGGUGACUUUGGCUGGACCCUGAUGGCUCCCAAGGAUGACGCCAAGAUGCAAAAGAAGAAGGAUUCCGAAUUGCUCAACGGAAGAUUGGCCAUGGUUGCCGUCGGAGGUAUUGCUACUCAGAGUGUCAUUACCGGACACGGCUUUCCCUACAUCUAAACGCCCGCGUGAGCUCCACUCUCUGAUUUGGACGACGCCCCCGUAGAAUGGUUGGCUAGUAAAACAACUCGUUCGGACGCCACUCUAGGUUGUACGCGUGUUUACGUAUACACACACUUUCAUAUAUAUG